AUGCUGCGUAUCUUUGGGUCUCUCUUGGUUCUGUGGCUGCUCUCCAUCUUGGCCGACAUGGUCGAUGCCGUGCAUCAUGGAUCCGUCGCGGUCAAGGUCGGCCUCAUUUACGACAUUGACGAUCCGAUCGACUUUCCCGAGAACCCGUAUCUCCUGACGGCAAUGCAGAUGGCUUUCAACGAAAUCAACAACAGCUCGACGAUCCUGCCGAAUGUCACGCUACUGCCUGUCGUCGGCAGCAGCCGCGGCUCAUUCAGCGACGGAAUCGUCAGUCUCCUCGAUAUGAUACAAAAUGACGGCAUCAAUGCUGUGAUCGGAGACACAACCAGCGAGCAAAGCGAAUACGAAGCAACCAUAUCCAGCUUCUAUGAUAUCCUCCACAUCGGUCUGUUCACCUCCGCAACCAUACUCACCAACAGGACAGCAUACCCGACCUAUCUCUCCCUCAUCCAGCCCAAUAUUGUGUAUCUCCAAGCACUAUUCGCCUUUGCCAGAGCCAUGGGAUGGCGAUCGGUGGCUCUAAUGUACAGUCGUGAGCCAUUUGGAACCACUGUGGGUCGUGACCUGUGCUGCGCUUUGCGUUUUCACGCACCGCAGGCAGGCCACCGCAAGAUCCUCAAGCUGGAUCCCGCCUCUCUUGCCGACCGACUCUCCUCUCUGUCCCUGGAGCCUGCCCCUGCCAUGAGCAACCCCCGCCCACUUCCGGAAGCCUUCCUCAAGACCUUCCGUGCCCCAGUGUUUACUGGGAAGAGCCGCUCCUCCUCGGUGGAGGACUGGCUGCAGCAACUCGAGGACUACCUCGAUGCUGCCCAAGUCGCCCCCACCCACCACAUCGUCGCCGCCAAGCUCUGCUUAAAGGACCAGGCGUACCGUUGGUACCGCCGCCAAGGGUUCGACGAGCAGAGCGAAGGUGUGUUUGACGACUUCAAGGACCGCCUCCGUCGCCGCUUCGGCAGCCCCAAUGCUGAACUCAUUGCCCGUGACAAGCUAUACUCUCUCGUGCAGCGUGGUUCUGUGACCCGCUACAUCGAGGAGUUUGAAGACCUCUCCUCCCAGAUUGAGGAGCUGGGCUCUGCUGAUGCGAUGUACCUCUUCCAGAAGGGCCUCAAGCCCAAGAUCAGAGAGUACAUCGCCAGCAACCCUGAUGCCCGCAAGUCCCUGGACGUGAUGAUGGACGUUGCCGAGAACCUCGACAACGUCCAGUACCAUGGCCGCCAGUUCUACCCGCAGCUGGCAGGCGGCCAUCGGUCUCAUCACGUCCCAGCCCGUCCGCCUCGCCCGGCCCCGCCCGCAAGACCCAUGCCUGAGCCCAUGGACGUUGACGUCAACGCCAUGGAGGCUCGUGGCCCUCCCCGCUCCCGGUUCCAGCAAGCUGCCACUGUCUCCCCCAAGGACAGACAGAAGCAGGAGGACCUCCGCCAUGGUUCCUGCUUCUUCUGUCACCGACCGGGACACCAGGCCAAGGAGUGCCCCAUGAAGUCGGGAAACGGCCGACCCUACUAG